UGCUGAGCAGACGAGCCUGAGGCGCUGAGGUUGAGGCGAGCUAGACGCCAGGACAGUCCAGGGAGCUGCCGCGCGGCGGGAGCCCGUAGCCAGAGCAGUCCCGGAGCAGAAACAGCCGCCGCCGCCGUCCGCGGAGCCCAGCCGAACCGGCCAUGGCGUUGUCGAUGCCGCUGAACGGGUUGAAGGAGGAGGACAAAGAGCCCAUCAUCGAGCUCUUCGUCAAGGCUGGCAGUGAUGGUGAAAGCAUAGGAAACUGCCCCUUUUCCCAGAGGCUCUUCAUGAUUCUUUGGCUCAAAGGAGUUGUGUUCAGUGUCACAACUGUUGACCUGAAAAGGAAGCCUGCAGACCUGCAGAACUUGGCUCCGGGGACCCACCCACCAUUUAUAACUUUCAACAAUGAGGUCAAAACGGAUGUAAAUAAGAUUGAAGAAUUUCUUGAAGAAGUCUUAUGCCCCCCCAAGUACUUAAAGCUUUCACCAAAACACCCAGAAUCAAAUACUGCUGGAAUGGACAUCUUUGCCAAAUUCUCUGCAUAUAUCAAGAAUUCAAGGCCAGAGGCUAAUGAAGCUUUGGAGCGGGGUCUCUUGAAAACACUGCAGAAACUAGAUGAAUAUCUGAAUUCUCCCCUCCCUGAUGAAAUUGAUGAGAAUAGUAUGGAGGACAUUAAGUUUUCCACACGUAAAUUUCUGGAUGGCAAUGAAAUGACACUAGCUGACUGCAACCUGCUGCCCAAGCUGCACAUUGUCAAGGUGGUGGCAAAAAAAUACCGCAACUUCGACAUUCCGAAGGGAAUGACUGGCAUCUGGAGAUACCUAAGUAAUGCCUACAGUAGGGAUGAGUUCACCAACACCUGCCCCAGUGAUAAGGAGGUGGAAAUAGCAUACAGUGAUGUAGCCAAGAGACUUACCAAAUAAAAGAGCACUUACGAGAGAAACGUCUUCACAUCUUCCCCUGACUAAGAACAUACUUUUCCUAACAGACUGCUCCUCUUCCUAGAAAGUAGAAACUUUAUUUGGCACGAACAUGCAGUUAUUCCAGAUUAGGAUAAAGGAUAGAAAAGGUAUAGUAGCUGUCUUGAAAUAUAUAUACUCCUAAACAGUAUUAUUUUAAAAUUCCUUUACCCUGCCUGUGUCCCCUAGCCCACAUCUUCUCCUCCAAUUUGGAGCACUCCAUCACAAACUUUCACUUUAACGGUAGUUUAAAGGCAGUUUGCCAUCUCUCUGGAGCCUUCAUCACUGGAGUCCAUUCACUGUGUAUCGAUGACAGAACUUUUGAGGUGCACUGUUCAACUGUUAAAAUAGUAACCGUAAAAAAAAUAAACAGUAACCAUGACUCCUUCAGUCAGGCCCAAACUGGUGCAUAAUGCAUGGUACAAGGAAUAUUUAUGUAGUUUUGGAAUUUUAUAAUAUUUAGUAAGAGUAUAUGAAAGGAUUGCUACUGUAUCAAAAUAUUCUUAUUUCAAUUUAGUCUAUCUUGGAUAUGUACUAAAGGAUGUUACCACCCGAGAAGAGUGCUUUCUACCGAAAGUCAGUGCAGAUUUUGUUAUUUUACUUUGUACAUGGAUUUUUACUUUUGUCUAAAAGCAUUUUUCUUUCAUACUAAUGAUAACAUCUGACACUACUUAGAAGCUGAAAGUUUAGAGGGAAGGAUGGUAUUUUAAAAUCUUCUCAAGCAUAUUAUGAAUAUAAGAGAAACCAAUGGGCACCUGAUACACUCAGUCUAAAUAUGUUACUGGUUAUAUGUAUUUUGACCAGUGCCAUUCAUUUGGAACAUUAUUGCUUUCUUCCUAUAUUUUAAAAGUGCUCUUUUUCAAGUUAAGCAUCAGCCUUGCUGUCUGUAGAUCUUCUGAGCAACAUUACGUAAACUGAUACUUCGUUCAUUUAGCUCUAGCAGUACAAUGGUUAGUAAUGUAAAAGUUAACCUAAGGAGUAUAGCAUGGGUUUGUCAACAUACCAAGUAGAGUUUUGUUUAUAAAGCAUAUUUAAUGUGGAUAAUCUAAAGAGUAUAGUAUACAUCCUAUAUUAAAAACAAGAUAAAACAGGUUAUUAUUCCACCCCAUUUACCGUGAGACUUCAGGCAGAGGAUGGUUCACUCCUUUUGGACUAAAUUAUAGUUGUGAUGGUGACUUAAUAUUUACUGCAGUUUUGCCUAAUCUCAAUCAUUGCAUUUCCUUCAAUUAAAUUUUUCUGAAGCUACAUUGAGCAAUAGCACUCUGCAUGUUUGUUUCUUAAACUGAAGUCCUAAACCAGGAAUUUUUUGUGUUGUAACAAGGGAGGAUGAACUUGAUGAAAAUAAAAGUUUGCUAAGUAUUUAUUCACUUAAAAAAGAAAAAAAUGACUUUCUGUGUACUACUCCAAAGACUGGUUGUGACUAUAGUAAUGUUUUUGGUCAUUUUUAUACCUAACUUGUUUAAGAAGUGCUAUUUCUCAUAGGCUGUUUUUGGAAAUUUUAAGUAUAUUGCUUUAAAAUAGCAAUGUUUUUUCCCUAUGAAAUGCUAACAUUUAGUAAACACUGGCUUUAUGGAAGCAGCCUGAUUUUUUAUAAGCAUUAUGCAUUUAUUUAAGUCUAUCAGUAAUUAGCUUGGUGUAGAAAGAUAAGAAAAACUCCAUAUUGUAUCCAUUUGGCUCAGGGAGAUUUCUUUGCUUUACCUUUUUUAGAACUCCUUAUUGCUAAACAAAGAUAGGGUACCCACCAUUUUGUAAUAAAGUAUUGGAUGAUGACUUAUCUUGUUCCAGGAAGAAGCACUAUCAGGUUAUAUGUUGAGAAAGUCUAUGGCAGCAGUUUACGUGGGUGAAUUGUGCACCUCUGCACCAGUACACAGACAGCCAUCUUCACUUUUCACUUACUUUUAAAAUAGGACUAACUUGGUGUCCGUUAUUGAAUCUUGCCUCAUAGCUUAAAGCAUAAUUCAGGCAAAGUAGGGCGUCUGUUUCAAGUGAAUGGUGGACUAAGUGAUGCAGAGUAGAGGGAUAAUGAGGAAAGAGCUACAGUCCUCAAAACAGGGACGAAAAACACAUUCUGAAAUUCAGUUGUGAAGAGUUUGCCACUUUGGAUAUUUAUUCUCUUCUUCUUUUUAAAAAAUGUACCCCAUGAUUACACUUGGCUGUCUCUCUAGAUAUCCAAGGAAGGGAGGGUCUUUCUGUUAUAAUUUUGAUGAGGGCAGAGUUGUGUUUCUGUAGAAAGACAGAUCUUAUUACUUUAUCUGGAAAGUUAGUCAGAUGAGAUUGAGAUUGGCAGAUGGACAAAAGCUAGUAAAAAAAGAUGAUCCUAGAACAUACCUUUUUUUACCCCAUCUUACAUUUGUGGAAAAAUCAUAGCUUAUAAUCUUGGGAGAUUUGGGACAUGAAAAAUUUUCAUGGUAGUUCAUGUAGUAUAUGGGUUGAUGUAAUAGAAAUAAUCUGAUACUAUUUCUACAACUACUGAAUCAUUCCUCCCUUCAUUUAAACCCCUUUUGUUUCACUUAAGAGUCUGAAUGGAAGAUCUUAUAGUUUCCAAGGGAUUCUGAGAAAUUUUUCCAUUCAACAUUUGGAAGGCUGUCUACUAUUUCAGUUGAUAUAAAUUCCCCCUUAAAAAAAAAAUACAGAUGUGGACUUUCUGUAUAAUUCUGUUAUUUUCUUUUACCAAGAUUGUUGACUUUUGUGAUAAAAUUCAUACAAGAUUUUAUUUCUUGGUAACUUCGGCUUAUACAACUAUCUUUAAACCCUUGAGCAAUCUGUAUACAAUGAAGAGGUUUCUGACAUUUACUCUUACACUCAUUUGUUUGACUUUAGAAUUUAGGCACAUUUACUUCUGUUGUUUUGAAUCUCUUUAGAGCUGCAUGUAGAUAGCUUUUAUUUCUGUGCAUUUAAAAUAAUCCAUUUAGAAAAUACGUGGUAAAAAUGAGAAGAAAUAGAAAUGUAUUUUUUCAUGAACGUUUUGAUACACAUUUCAUCAAACUUAUUGAUUAACCAAUUUCUUACACUGGUUGUAAUCAGUAUUUGAUUCAAAAAGAGGGAAGCAUUCAUUAUUAUACUGUAUCAUCAUUUUUAUUCCAUCCUUUACAAGUUACCAAGGUUGGGGCUGUCAAAAUUAUACUUUUAUUAUGGAAAAAAAUUUCAGCUCCCCCAAAUCAUAAUGUUGAACAGAAUUGAAGUAUUUUUUUUAAUUACUUGAAAAGGAAAAUGACAGCUUAUUAUAGAAUGCUUGUAUUUUCUUUUCUCUCUCUGGAACCAGUAUAUUGCUGGCAGCUAUUGUAUUAAAAAAUAAAGUAUAUUUUCACUAUCAUAAAAGGUUCUUUUUU